AUGGCCUCAACGACACACCGACCGUUCGAUGAUCCUUCCUCAAUUCGCUACAUCCGCUACAACCCUGCUCACGAAGAUGCCUACGUCGCCGCCAUGCGCCAACUAAUUUCCAAAGAUCUCUCGGAGCCUUAUAGCAUCUACGUAUACCGCUACUUCCUUUACCAAUGGGGCGACCUCUGCUUCCUGGCAAUGGACACAAACUCAACAACCGGCGAGGAACAAAUGAUUGGCGUCGUGGUCUCGAAGCUCGAGCCGCACAGACACGGACCGAUGCGCGGUUAUAUCGCUAUGUUGGCUGUGCAAGAAGAAUAUCGCGGGAAGGGGGUUGCGACCAAACUUGUGAGGAUGGCAAUUGACGCAAUGGAGAAGCGUGGUGCGGACGAGAUCGCCCUCGAAACCGAGAUCACGAAUACGGCUGCAAUGAAGCUUUAUGAACGGCUUGGAUUCCUGCGCAGUAAGCGUCUGCAUCGGUACUAUCUGAACGGGAAUUCGGCUUAUCGGUUGGUGCUAUACCUGAAGGAGGGCGUUGGGCUGAUGAGAACGUCGUUCGAUCCAUAUGCUCCUCCGCCAGACUACGCUCAUGAUCAUCUUCCUCCUCCCCCUGCUCUGCCGGCGCCGUUGCUAAGUGAGAACGGGGCAUGA